GCUGUCACGGCCGUUGAGAAUCGGAAAUGCCACAACCCCCUCGGCAAUCGCACACAGGAUCCUAGCAGCUCGGAUGCGAACUACGGGAGACACUGUCGUACAAGGGAACGUCGAUUCGUUCCUGGCUUCCGCUUUCCGGUCGACUUGAACAUGGCGCAGCUCGUGGCGUCCGAGGAAUAAGCUCAAUUUUAGUCCAACUUGUGGGUACACGUUGGGUUUGCUAAAUUUGAUCGGAAAAACCAUUAUCCUAUCAUAACGUUUGAGCGCUCCGCAAAUCAGAUGCCACGUUCUGCUGCUGGACUGUGUUCAAACGCGGCGAGAUCGACACAACAUUAACUUGCCUAAAUACAAGAGACUAUCCAUAACGGUAGAUCGGCGAGCUAUUGGAAUCCGCGAGAAACAACCGGGCGCGUGUUGCUUUCUUCAUCUUGUCGGUCGAGAUAAGGGUUAUUUACCUCGUUGCCUCGGCUCGGACACCACAUCGACGGAGGACCACUAUCACAGUUCAAAGAGGACACAAGCCAGACCAUUCCGGACUCGCGAACAACCUUUUGUUCACCUCCGCAACACCUUUGAUUGGGCUGGAACUAAAGAGCUCACCCCCCUGACACUCUCAAACCGAUAAUCUUAAGGCUUCGUUGACCAUUGACGAACUCUCUCAAACCAAGAAUCACUAUAUGCACACACGAUCACCCCAAACCCCCCACUGUGUCGACAAGUAGACUCCGAACUCAACCUAAAGUCUGAAAUGGCUUCCCACCUUCUAAUUCCCUUUAUUUCGACUCCGGUGGAGACCAUCGCCCCGACCGUUUCACGGCUUCAAAGCACUUUCACAUCCCUCAAGACGCAUCCACUCGCGUAUCGUGAGGAGCAACUACGCAAACUCUACUGGGGCAUUAAAGACAAUGAACACCAACUCGUUCAAGCCCUUAAGGCUGACCUCGGCAAGCCUUAUUUUGAGGCCAUGAUAUCAGAGAUAGAUUGGAUUGGCGCUGAGAUCCUCUACGUACUCAAAAAUCUUAGAAAAUGGGCUGCGGAUGACAAGGUGGAUCUGCCGUUUCUGCACAGGCUUGUCUUGUCUCCGCGUAUUCGGAAAGAACCCAUGGGAACAGUAUUGGUUAUCGGGUAUGUACUUGCACGUGCUGUAUCUUGGUUUCUAUUACAGUUGGUUUUAUUGCUUUUUCACCUAGACCAAAUAUAUAUAUUCUUGACAAAUAUAUUCCCCUUACCAUGCCUGGCAUUAGGCUAACCUUCUCAACUCCCCGGUUUACAGAGCCUUCAACUACCCAGCUCAACUAGCUUUGGUUCCCCUCAUAGGUGCGAUUGCUGCUGGAAACACCGCCGUUGUCAAACCAUCAGAGCAAGCUCCAAAUUCGGCAGCUAUCAUCGCCCGAAUCCUAGAGGGCGCCCUCGACCCCGAAGCUUAUGCCGUUGUCAACGGUGGCAUCCCCGAGUCGACUGAGCUUCUAAACCAGAAGUUUGAUAAGAUCUGCUACACAGGAAAUGCCGCAGUUGGUCGCAUUGUUGCUACCGCAGCAGCAAAACAUUUGACCCCGGUGCUUCUUGAGCUGUAAGUUGUCGCCGAACUGAUAGCAAUCCCGAUGGGACCAAAGGCCCAGACUAACCAACCUCUUUUGUGGUAUCCAGUGGAGGUUUGAAUCCGUGCAUUAUCACUAAAUCAGCAGACGCAAAGCUUGCCGCAAAGAGAAUUGCCUGGGGGAAAGUUCACAACCUGGGACAAAUCUGCAUUGGUCCUAACUAUGUCAUUAUACACCCCUCUCUUGAAGCCGAGUUUGUCGGCGCAUUCAUCCAAACCCUGAAGAAGUUCUUCCCAGAGGGAGCAUCGAAGUCGCCAGAUCUAGCGCGCGUUAUCAAUAAAAGACAUUAUCACCGCAUCACGGAACUGCUGAACAAUACCAAGGGCACGAUCUUGUACGGCGGAGAGCGGGAUGAAUCGAGAUUAUUCAUUGAGCCAACUCUAGUCAAAAUCGCUAGUCCGGAAGACAGCUUGUUGAGUGAGGAGAUAUUCGGGCCUCUGUUGCCGAUGCUUAUUGUUGAAGAUUUGGAUAGCAUGAUAUCGGUGGCGAGAAAGAUUGGAGAUUGCCCGUUGGCAUUGUACAUCUUCUCCGCGAAAAGGGAGGAGGAAGAGAAAAGUGAGUGGGAUGCUCCGGAAAUUUGUUGGGAGGCAAGGGCUGACCUGUUCGUGUAGUCCUGAAGAACAUCAGGUCCGGUGGAGCGACAGUAAAUGAGUAAGUCUGAGCUCUGACAGUUGAAGCGUUCAUCUAGACCGAAGCUUGCUGACAAUCGAUACUUUGACGAUACAGCGUACUUUUCCAUGCGGCAAUUCCAUCAAUUCCAUUUGGGGGGGUGGGAGAGUCUGGUACCGGCUCUUACAGAGGUGAGUUUGUCGUCCACAACAAAAAAGUCACGAUGUUUUUUUUUUUCCCCGAGUACCUCUUCCUCUUUGUUGUGCGCUCGAGGGGUGGGAGCGACCGAGAGUGGAGGAGCUCCUUUCCAGUCUUUUGCUUUUGCGGAGGAAUACUGGCAGGGGCCACCGCAGGCGACACUAAGGCGGCGGGUGGGCAGCGCCGCGCCAAUGAUCAGUUUGAUGCAGCAUGGAUUUCCUCACGGCUAUUUUCCCUUUAACGACUACUCGUACGAUGGGGCUCGUGCCGAAUUUUGACUAACGAUCACACUUCAUCCCAAUAGGGAAGGCCUCCUUUGAUGCGUUCGUUCACAGACGACCCGUGGUGAACCAGCCGUCGUGGAUGGAGGGUCAACUUCGCGUAUGUUUUGCCCGUACCCUUUCUUUUUCCUUCCUUGUGGAUUCCUACUUUAUUUUUCCCAACCUUUCUCCAGGCCCCACUUUGCCAAUGCACAAUGAAAAAGAAGAGCACGUCUGUCGGCAGUUUCACAGAAAACGGGCUUCGGUUCCAAGCGGGCUUCAUCCAAUUUCUCCAGCCACUUUUAGGAUAACUUUGUAGCUGAACUGUCUGCCGUGCUGGUAGGGUGUUGCUGACCAGAGCUCCGUUAUGGAAAAUGGCAGAUACGGUACCCACCAUUCACGCCAAAGAAACUCAACCUGAUGAGAAAGGCCGGCGAUACCGCCAAACCUAGCUUUGGCCGGGAUGGGAAACUUCUACGCAGGUCUCUAUUUUCCUGGAUCCUUUUACUGGGAGCGUACAGUAAGAAGGGGGCCAUAUUCAGGUAUCUGCUAUUGAUGACUGGUGAGAAGCAUGCACCCCUUCGGGUAAUUCGAUGAUCUGGUUCCGGAGGAACGGGAAAACAAGAGACGUCAUAUGGUCACGAUGUCACGAUGUUCGUUACAAGUACUGAUGUGUAUGAAAAUGCAGGAGCUGCGUUGGUGAAAACUUUUCUGUCCACCAAGAGCUAGCUUGACGCCUCCCUGAAUCUCACGAUGCUUUCUCUGUACGAGCACCCUAGAGGAAGGGCCACACGAAGAACGGCUCGGUGAGCGAGCGAGUUGUCGCGCCAGUGACUUAUUACAUGUACUAUACGGGUACCAUACCUCUGACCGUUUGUUUUCUUUUUUUUUUCCCGUCCAGAAAGGUUCGGCGGGCCAUUCGCCUCUUUUUCAGCUUUUUGUGCCCCAUUUUUCCUUUCCUAGGGCUCGAAUUUACGGGGUUCGAUGGGCACGGGGGAUGACGAUGUUCAAAGAAAGACCAGAGGGCCACAAGAACCUCUCUUGUCAUUGUCGGUGAUAAAUAAAGAAAGAAAGAAAUGAAACGCACAAAAAUAUAUUGCUUGCCUCCCAUGCAAGAUGGGCUACCGCAUUCCCGGAAUGUUUAUUCAUAUUGCUUUUUGUUUUCCAGUUUGUUUCCCUGGUGGGUACAGUACGUACGAGUAGGGUAGGCCCAUCGCAUCAAGUGAUCCCGCACUUCCCAGCAGGUUGAAACGAAGAUCACUCACAGAUCUCACUCACCUCAAGAAAGGUAUGAUAGAACCAGAGAAGACGUCCUGGUAGAGGGCACCGUGGAAAUAACUCAAGCUGACGGGGGGAGCUCACCAACAAAUUCCGUUCGCGGAAGUCCGAACCUCGGCAGGUCCUUUCCGUUUUAGGCACCAACUGGGAUCCUUUUUUUUUCCCCCGCAUUUUAGGGAAGGUUUUGGAAGGAAAGAAAAAAAAAAUUCGCCAUUGGUCCCAGGAAUGAGAGCUUAGCGGUACCUUGCAGCUUGGGGCAACUGUGUGCGGUGCCCGUUGCAUCGUGGGUCGAUUUGCGCCUCCUACUCCGAUUGUAUUCAUAGAAUCCAUGAAAGAGUGGAGGUGCCUUGUUUGCAGUCAGCUCCCCGUCACCCAAGAGUCAAGACUGAGAAGGUGGGAGGCCCCCCGAUCCUUUGUCCCCACCGCACCUCGCCUCUCUAACUAUAACCCAUCGGUUAACGGCAGGCACUGCUGUACCGGAGUGAAAAGGGUUGGGAGGCAUGAAAAGUUCUCAGCAUGCGUAGUCUACCGGUAUCAUGCCGGGUGGGCAAGAAAUUUUUUCCUCUCCUUCACCACGGUGGGGAGAGUGCCGGAGGAGAUGUUUUUCGUACAGUUCAGAGGUUACCGGUAUUGUGCAAGUUAACCCAGAUUAACUGUUCACUACCUUUGCCGGCAAGGUGUUCUCGCGGAUGACGGGUCAACAGAACAUGUUCGAAGCUACCGUAACUACACGAAACAUCCCGAUCCAGGGAUUAUUUUGCGGGUUAACUCAGGUUAAUUAUUCGGCAACUUUCUGCCUGGUUCCUGUAAAUCUUUGUGCGCAAUUAUUUACCUCUUUUUAUUGGUAAUAAUUUUUUUCUCGCUUGUUUGCCUGGGAUGACGUCGUGGAUCUGACAGUUCUUGACAAAAUCUUUCACAGCCCUUCCUCCACACCAUUUCAGCUCGCCACACUGAGGCGCUGAGUUUGCGUCCGUUUGAUGAUUCUUUCAUCACGAAAGUGUAUUUUCUUCUUUCACUUCAAACUGAGUUACCGGUAAUGCAUCCCCAAUCUUCUCUCGAUUGCUUCGCUGAUGAUGAUGAUGAUGAUGCACCCGUAGAGGGAAAAAAGCCUUCUCCUCUCGUCAUGCCAAAAUUCGCCAUUUCUCCUUCCCGUCACCAAAAGGGCGGGGCCAAACUUGCUCCUUUCCAACUGCGGGUUGUCCAUUACGAGAGAAAAUCUCUCUAGGACCAACCAAGAACAGUGAAUGUGGGAAGGGAACAGAGGGAAAAAGGGUACCGGAUGUGAAAAAUACAAAGAGACUCUUAGUGCGAAUGGAGCGAAGCGGCGGUCUGCUGGCCACAUUUGCUGUUAGGUAAUUUGUGCUUCCAAUAAAGGUACCCGACCAUCUGACCUCAAAUGUUACAAGAGCUCUCGGUUUUUUCUUUUCUUUUCUCCCUCAUUAUUUCUCCAUUUCUAUUAUGGGCGAGGGGAAAGGAUGGGAAGCGACAAAUUCUACGGGGGGGGGAUAUUCGUCAUUUUCACGAUGUUCGAUGGGUUAUCAAAUCAAAACUCUUUACCCUGAAGUUACGUCCUUGUGCCUCCAUAGCUAAAUUGGUUUCUAUCAUGCCAAAGUUGGCUGCAGUCGAACCCUAUCUGCAUCUCUAAGCGAAAACGCCGAACAGGCGGGCGGUCUACCACACUUUCAGCGUGGCCUGGGGCUUGUAGGAUUCUAGGCGCUGGGAGGAAAAAAAAAAAAAAAGUCUAAGUUAUCAUACAC